AGUGGUUGUGUACAAAGUUGGAGGGAGGACGGGGAGCGGGCUUGACCACGGUGACCUGUCCGCCGCGUCACACCACUCCGCGUUGUGCCUGUGGUACGAGCGUGGCUCCGACCUUUACCCACGGCAACAUUCGCUUGUCACUCAAGGCAAGACGCUGGGGAGGGCAAGAAAGGGGUCAGGAGAGAGGCAGCAGCCGAGGCAAGUGCCAAGCUUCGGAAAAGCGCAAACGAAAAUCGGAGGGAACUCAAGCAGCGGAGCCCGCGCCAAGGUCAGCUUCCCCAAACAAGCGUGUGAAGAGUGGAGAAACUGAUACAGAGGCCAGAACGCAGUCAGACAGCCACGGCAAAGUGAGCGUCUGUCUGGAGAGGGACGCGAGUAGCGGUGAGGCGCACACUAGCGCAGGCGCCAAAGCGGGGGCCAGUGCCCCGAGAGACAAGACCAGCAGGUCUCAGAGGCAGAAAGCUUCUGCUGCUUCUAGUGGUGGUGUGGUUGUAAAGGUAGCGGUACUUCUGGCAGCCAGAGUGCGAGAGAACGACUCACUGACAACAGUAGUGAAGGCGGCGUAGUGUCGUCCAUCACUACUACUACUGCCGGCAGCACUUGCGUGUUGGACAGUGUUCAGAAAGCAGAGAGGACAGUGACGACGGUAGUGAGCACGACCUCUUUGACGCCGGCCUUUUCUCCCACCGUGGUCCUCUCCUCUUUACCUCGUGCCACUUCUGUCGAGUUCGGUAGAAAGGACAGCAAACAGACCACCUCCUCGCGGAAAAAACCAACGCUCAGUCGAAAAGCCAGCGACGAGGAGAGCGAGAAAAAGAAGACAACGGUAGCUGCGGGUAAACAUGGAGUUGCUGGCCCCGAAUCGCUGCUGGUUUCUUGUCGUAAUCCCGUGACUGGCGAGGAUGCAGCAACAGCGGCCAGACAGCUAGUGUCCCACUCGCACACUCCCCCAGCUGCUGAGAGCGACGAGAGAGCGUUGGUGGGGGACUGCUCGACCACCGCAGGGGAUCAGCCCGAAGACACUAGCAUGCACCUCAAGAAGCAGCAGGCUUUGCUGGCUGGCCGCAACAACAGCAGCCCCAGCUCCUCCAUUGCCUCCCAGACGGCCGCCCUGCCCGCCGGCAUCGACGUGACGCGCUCGCUGACGGAUCAACUGACGAAGCUGGCCAAAGCCGACAAGUUGGCCCUCGGGGGCGACAGCAAGUCGGAUACAGACAGCAGCACUAGCACCACAGAGGCCGCUGUCACGCCGGUUAUCAACACCGUGUCGCACUCUGCAGACAGAGGUGAUAGCAGCAGCAACAACAACAAGGUUCAGGAGUUGUUUAGCGAGCGCCAUCGGGAGGCCAGCGCUUUCACGUGCGUGCAAACUACCGCUUCCCGUAACAGCAACAACAGCAUCGCAACCACGCCGCUUUCCGACGACCGCGCCGAGUCGCGCGGCAAUGAAGGACAAUUGGUGGGUGAAGAGCAACGGCCCUCUUCGCGUCCAGAAGAGCGGCGCAUUAAGAGCAGCCCGGCGUCCAGCCCGCUGAUCGUGGAUCGCGGCGAGCCUGUGCACCCGUACCGCGACCCUGUGUUGAUGAGCAAGAACACUGUGCGCAGCACCCUCAACACCUGUGUCGCUCCCAGUCUGCACAAGCCCUUGGGCGGCGCUGUCACCUACGCCGUGCCCACGGCCGUGCCGGUGGGACUGACCACUUCUUCUUCCUCCUCUUCCAGCACACUUACCUCCCCUCACCCCACGUCCCUGGCGCGCUCCCUGGUUCCUGGACUGUCAUAUGCGCACCAAUUGGGCCCGGGGGUCAUCUCGCAUGGCUUGCCCAUGCCGCAUGGCUAUUCACAGCUUGACGCCCUGACCGCCCGCGGAUUGGCCGCUGCAGCCGCCGCCCAGCAGCAGCAGAUGGCGGCCCUGCAGCAAUACCAGAACACGGCACACCUGCUGCCCACGCUGCCCUACUCUGCGGCGCUGGCCGGCGGGGGCGGAGGCGGCGGCCGCCUGCCGCAACUGGAGGUGCUGCAGAAGUUUCCGCAGGGGCCUGUGCACUCCUGGCUCGGGGACGCUCUUCUACAGCGCGAACAGCUGGAACGCAAGCUAGAACAGGACCGUCUGGAGCGCGAGCAUCUCGAGCGUCUGGAACUGGAGCGCUUGGAACGUGAGCGCAUGGAGAGGGCCGAGAGGGAGCGGCGGGAAAGGAAAGAGAAGAUGGAGAGGGAGAGGCUAGAGAGAGAGAAGGUUGAGAAGGAGAAGGCUGAAAGAUUGGAACGUGAGAAAGCAGAGAGGGAAAGGCUGGAGAAAGAGCGACAGGAGCGGGAAAGGCUGCUGGAACAAAGAGAGUGGGAGCAGCGACAGGAGCGAGAGCGAAUACUGCGCGAGGCCGCCGACACCAGCGCCGCUGUGGACCAGCAUUUCACAGCGUCCCUCAGCCGGCUGGCCAACCAGAGGGGUAUGGCUCAAGGGAUGUGGCCACCAGCACCAUCAAUUUCUAAGGGAACAGGAAAGGGGCUUUUGGGAAAGACAGAAUUGCCCUCAGUUUCUCAGGGGGAGAAAGUUUCUGAUCAUCUUGAGGACGACAGGAUAAAAAGAGAGGAGCAUGAUCGGCUGGUUAUGGGAGAUGACAAGCGACACAUCCAGGGCAUCUUAGAACAGCGGGGUGAUCAGAAAUCGGAAGGAGUUACAGGGAAAGACAACAAACCAAUCUAUGGCUAUCCUCCUUACCACUACAGCAGUUCAGGAUAUCCUCUUUUUACUACUUCCUCCUCUGGCAAGCCUGAAGCCAUUAGCUUCAGUCUGUACGGUUAUCAAUCCCAGUAUUCCACAAUGACCACGGAACAGUUACAAAAGAAAGGACUGGCCCCAGGCAGUGGCAGGUCGGUUAAGGAGGAGAAGGGAAUUUAUCCCAGUCCUGCACAUUCUUCCAAUCCUUCACCACCACGAGUCAGCCAUAUGAUGCCCCCACAUCAUAGAGACAUGAAGCCACAAAGUUCUGUGAUAGUGGAAAAUAAACCAGUGGUAAAAAUAGAGAACCCUGUCACUGCUCAUUCACAUCAUCACAGUUCCUCAUCACUUUCUUCUUCCUCUUCCUCCUCAUCACCUCGUCCUCGGCCAGCACACAUGCCAGAGCAGCGAUUGGAUCCACCUUUGUCCUCUGCUGUUUCCACAAAUUCUAGCAUAUCUCAUCACAUCAUGGCAUCUACCACCACCACCAGCAUGCCCCCAACGUCUCACACCACAGCAUUUUGUGGCAUGGAUGCAAAAGGCAUGUCACGAGCACAAAGUCCAUAUAAAAUGGGCAGCCAGUUGACCCCUGGGCCAACUCAGCCACCACCACCACCCCAGCGGCAGCAAGCUUCAGGACUGUUGCAGAACCAACAACAGCCUAUAAACUAUUGCAAGUCUAGUGGGAAAAUAAAAGGUCAGAAUGUGCCAGCCCAGUCUGGGGGGCCCCUCCAAGCAGCCAUUGCUCAGCCUCCUGUGUCUUCAUCCAUUGCAUACAGCUACAGUCUCAUUCAGCAGGGUCUUGUGCCCAACCCCAUGUACACCCAGGGAACAGUCUCAGCUUCAGUUCCCCUUGGUCGAUCACAAGCUACUGCAGCAGCUACCACAACUAUUACCACUACCACUACCUCCACUCCAUCAUCCGUGGCCUCUGUGCACAAUCCAUAUUUAUCCACAGGCCCUCCAUCUGCAACACAGCAAACUGGCAAGCAUCCUCAACACAGUCCUACAAGUGGGGGGAAUAAACGGAAAGCUGUAAGUGGGGGCAGAGACAAUGGAACAAUACAGAAGCGUUCAAAGGCAGCAACAGCAGAAAGUGAAGCCAACAAACGAAGGACUCCUACCACAAGCAUGGUGUCGGUGCCUGUCACCACACCUCAGGUCCUGAUCAAUCCUUCACCGUACACUACAAGCAGUGCUGUCAAUUUGCAGCCAGGAAACCCACCAACUGCUACCCCAGAUGGAUUCCUGGACAGUUUCCGGUCAUUUGUCGAGACCACAGUGCAUAAAGCUUUUCUCCAAGACCAGGAGCUGGAACUUGAGAAAGAGGAGCAUGAACGCUUGCAGAAACAGGAACUGCAACAAAAACAGCAGCAGCAAGGACAGGGUGGGUUUGAAAAGGUAGAUCCUCCAGUAGUACUCAGCAGAGAGGAUGUGUCCCAGUCACCAUUAAUGCCCACUACAGCACCACAGACUCCAGUUACUAUGGACAUGGUGAACCGUGUGGCCAAUGGCCAGGUGGAUACAGACAGUGACACCCUCAGUGCUCCAAGCCCCCCACCUUCUCAGACCAGAAUGGAUGCCAGUCCACAUGGAAGGGGUGGUGCUGCAAUUGCAACUAAAGUGAAAAAGGCUUGGCUGCAACGGCACUCGGGUGAGGACAAAAAGUGCAUUGUGUUGCAGGCUUCCCCGUCCCCACUUGCACUUGUUCAGGAGGAUUCUAAUUCCAGUCAGUCAACUUCCAGAGAAGUGAAAUGUUUCUUAAAAGAUGCUGUGACGUCUGUGUUGGAUUCGUCCGCUUCGUCAGCUAAUGGUGAAGGGACAGCUUCUCCAGCACCGAGCAUCAUUCUGGCCAAUGGCAAUAUUUCUGAUCUCAAGCAUGCUAACGAUGAAUCUACCUCAUCUGCAUCAGAAACUGAGUCACAGAGUCCUGCCAUGGCUAAGAAGCGUGCCAAAUCCAAAAAGUCCAUUUUUAGUAAAAAAGUGAAAACUGAAGACCGAGGAUCUUUGUCCCCUACACACGGGGAAAGUAAUAACACCACACCUAACAAUGUUCGCAAGAAGAAUCCCAGCAAGCGCCCCAAAACUGACUCCAAGGACAACCCAAAACCAAAGGAAAAGCAAGAUACCCACGAGACAUCCUCCACGCUACCUUCUCAACUGUCAAUAGCAAAGCAAUCACCAGUCUUAGCACAGUCAUCAGCAUCAUCAUCCCCGAUCACUGUUAAAAAGACUGAGGGGCGGCCUGUAAAAGGUUUAUUGCCCUCUAAGCAUGCCUGUGAUGAUAGCCCGCAGCCAUCCAGCCAAGAUUCAGAGAAGGAUAGCGACUCAAAUGGCAAAGACAGAAAAAAGACUCGGCGCAGCAGAGAUAAUUUCAGAGAGUCUCCGUCAAAAAAUGAUGAAGGAUCGUCUUUCAAUAAACCACUGGUUAAAGAUUCGGUGGCCACCCUGAAGCGCACUGGAGCACCAUUUAUACAGGACGGUCCUUGCAGUGAGGUUACACCAAAGCUGUCCAAGUGUCGAGAAUGUAAGAUGACUCCAACACAGCGAAGUAAAAAGAUUCCCAACAUCUUCUGUAGAUUUUAUGCUUUUCGAAGAUUAAAGUAUAGUGCAAAAGGUAGUGUGACAAUAGCAGGAUUCUCGGAACUUUCAGAUGCAGAUCCAGAUGAUAUAGAGCCUUGGCUCCCUCGAUAUCCAACUGAAGAUCCACAACUUGAUGAUGAGAAUGCAAAGUUUAUCAUUGCUAAAGUGGGGGACAAGUUCUGCGAAUUGGUGGAGCAAGAGAAGGAAGCAAAGUCCUGGGCUGGGGAUGAUGCUAAAAUUGCAUGGAAACGAGCUGUAACAGGAGUGCGUGAAAUGUGUGAUGUGUGUGACACCACAUUAUUCAACAUGCACUGGGUGUGUCACAAAUGCGGCUUUGUGGUCUGCUUAGACUGUUAUAAGUCCAAAAUGAAGUCAAAUGCAGAUGGCAAAAAUGAAGACUGCUGCAAGUGGCUGACAUGCAGUUCUAAUCGCCAAGCACAUGAAGCAGAAAAACUAAUGCUGACACAAAUCAUCCCAAGCGAUGCACUGUGGGAACUGGGUCGUCUUAUCCAUGAUAUUCGCCGUAAAUGGUCAAUCCCAGCCAAGUGCCCAUGUGGACAAAAUACUAUUGACAGCAAGUCUGCCAACAAAAAUGGAAUGAACCAGCUGGUGAAGAAGAUGAUGAAUGGAAUUGGAGAUGAGUCAGGAAAGAGAGGGAAAAAGAAUCUAGCACUACAUCAUAAUGAAGAUAAGCUUGUUGAACAAGAUGAGUUUAACCAAGACUCGCUAGCCCUUUUAGCAAAUGUAGCUGCCUUGAGAGGUGGGGACAAGCCUGAUAAACGUUCUUCAAAAGCAGAGAAAAUCACAGAAGAUGACCUUCUUGGAGAGGAUGGUGACAAAAAGUCUUCUGGCAGCUGUUCCACAUUGCGAGAACUAUUGACUAAGACAGCUGGAAAAGGCAAAGUACCUAACGAGAAAAAGACAAGACCAAAAACUAGUGGCAGUUCACUGGACAACAUCAUUCAGUCUGUGGUGGAGAAGAGCUGUCGUGAUCUUGACACUGGAUCUCAGCCAUUCAAGUUUCUUCAUUAUAUCCCUCGGCUUGGCCAGUGGAACCGCGAACUGCCCAUAAUUGCUCACAGUCUUACAGAGACUUCUGUGUUAUACCCAGACGUUCCUCACUCCUGGCUUUGUGAUGGUCGACUGCUGCGUCUACACGAUCCCAGGCACAAGGGAAAUUUGAAGAUCUUCCAGGAGCAGUGGAAGCGUGGACAGCCAGUCCUGGUGUCCUGUGUAAACAAACUGGUCAACGCAGAAUUGUGGCACCCUGAAUCUUUCAGCAAUGAAUUUGGUCAUCUUGAAAAUGACCUGGUCAAUUGCCGUAAUGGCAAUGUCAUUGUUGGCAACCCAAUGAAAGACUUUUGGGAUGGAUUUGAAUCAAUUGAAAAUCGUCUUCUGGAUGAAGAUAGCUUCCCUAUGCUUUUAAAGCUGAAGGACUGGCCACCAGGUGAUGACUUCUCAGACAUGCUUCCAUCUCGUUUCCAAGACCUUAUGCAAGCAUUGCCACUUCCAGAGUACACUGGCCGUAAUGGCAAACUUAACUUGGCUUCACGUCUCCCAGACUUUCUUGUGCGUCCUGAUUUGGGUCCUAAAAUGUAUAAUGCCUAUGGAUCUGCCAAGUAUCCUAAAGAGGGUACUACUAACUUGCACCUGGAUAUAUCAGAUGCUGUCAAUGUAUUGGUGUAUGUGGGUGUCCCCAGUGAUGGACCAAGAGGACGGAAAGAGCAUGAGGAAGCGGCUGUUAAGGCUAUUGAUGAGGCUGGGUGUGACAACAUUACAAAGCGACGUGUGCGAGAGGUGCAUGAAAUACCAGGAGCACUCUGGCAAAUCUAUGAUGCCCAUGAUGCAGACAAGAUUCGUGACUUUUUGAAUAAGGUGGCAAAGGAACGAGGUGAGACCAUUGAACCUGACCAUGACUCUAUUCAUGAUCAGAGCUGGUACCUUGACGAAGAACUACGUGAACGUCUUUUAAAAGAGUAUGGUGUGCAGGGCUACACAAUAGUUCAGUGUCUGGGGGAUGCCAUUUUCAUUCCUGCUGGUGCACCCCAUCAGGUGCGUAAUUUGCACAGCUGUAUAAAAGUAGCUGAGGACUUUGUCUCUCCUGAGCACCUAAACCACUGCUUUCGCUUGACACAAGAGUUCCGCCAGUUGUCAGAUACACACUCUAAUCAUGAAGACAAACUGCAGGUAAAGAACAUCAUCUAUCAUGCUGUGAAAGACGCAAUAGCAGUACUCCGGGAACUGGAUCCAGACGACAAAAAGUAAGAGUACAGUGCUGUCUGAAUGGGUCUGGCAUCCUUCCCACAUAGUCUUCCAUUUCAUAGAGCACAAGAGAGACAAGUGCCAUAGUGUCAAGACUGCAGUACAGACACUGUUCAGCAUCUGGCCCAGAGAGUUGAGUGGGUGGGCCAUGAUCAGGGCCUCCACUUUGGUUUCACAUAGUUGCUGCUGCAGCGAAUACUUGGCCAUGACAGUGGACAAACAAGAACGGCAGUUGAAAGACUGCACCUUCUCGCAUCUAGAGAGAAUCCAUUUCGACAAGAUUACUCCGAAAGAAGUCUUUUGUUUUUCAAAAGAGGAAGCAUUUCUCUGACACAAACACAAAUGGCAAGUAAAGAUGUGUACAUUUUCUUGCUCAACAAGUUACGAUGUUCUAAAAAUGCACAAGAUUGUGUUCAACUGCCUAGCAGACUGGACCAUAUGACAAGUGGUGGGCAAGACUUGUGUCAGCACAAGCAGCACCAGGGCCAUAUACGUGUUUUGUGUGCAGGUAGUGAUCAUUACGUGGAUGUUUGCAAGGAGUAUCUCUACACAGGCUAGGUCUGCUGCAAGCAGAACAAGUUUACUUAUUUGUUGCUUAGUGGCUGCAUCUCUGCCAGCCUUUUUUUUUUUUUUUCUCUUGGAGGUGAACAUCGGUGGUGGCAGACUAAACAAUGCCUUUUAACAAAACUUGGCAUGGAGAAUAUGGUCCUGACUGAUAAAGCCUGGAUUUCUUUCUUCCUCAUGUGGCCUAAUGAGACACCAAUUUUAUUUGUUUUUUUUUUAACUGCACACUGCUGACACUAGGGAUGGGGGUAAACAACUAUGGACAGAGUAACUUGGAUGGUCAAGAAGGCGCAAUCUGUGUCCUGCAACAUCCUGAAGACUUAAAUGAUGUGACACUUGCUGCUGUCCCCUAUCCAGUGGCGGGCACUCUGAGGAUGAUGACAUUGAUGUUGUAAGCAUGUUGUCAAGAUGUUGCCCACCCCCUCUUUCCAUAGGGACACGUGAUUAACUAGAAGAAUGGUUGGUAGUAGUGAGUGUGUGAUUUAAUUAAGUUGGGUUUUUUUUCCCCUCCUUUGAAGAGAACUGCGCGAGAGUGAAUUGUUGCAGUGUGAGCGCUGAUGGGGGAAAUGGUGGUGAGGGUAACUGCCAUGUAUACAGCUGUUCAGUGCAGAGCUAUCCCAUUGUAAUCAGCCCAUGAGAGAGGUGGCUGCUCAAUAACUUUUUAAUCCUCAGGAAAUGAUUGUGGUACUUUGUUUCUUCUAAAGAGGAAUGCACUUCUUUUCUUCCUCACUUUUCCCCUGUCUGUUUUUCUGACUCUUGUCUCAGCUUGCUUCCUCCCACCCAGUUUGGACUAAAUAAAAGUGUUGUUGUUACAGUUUGCUGGAUUGUCCUUUGAAUUAUUGCAUGGUCAUUUGUGAUUGACUUGGUCAGGGAGUUGGCAUUCACAAAUUGUAAUUUCUGUACACCAAGCUUCUUUCAUUGUGUCCAUAUAAAUCAGAGUUAUCUAUGUAUAUUCAUUGCAUAUUCCCUGGAUAUAAAUUAUUUGUUUUCUUCAGAUGACAGGGGAAAUAUUUACCAUUUUGUUUGUUAUUGUUUACAAAAUAGAGGAAGCACUAUGGUUGUUAAAGGUAAUCUUUCAACUUGAUCAGCUGUAAGUAGUGUUUCCACUGGUCAGUGUUAUUGCCUGAACUCAAGCAGCCUAAAUGUUUGUGUGCGUCCCGUAACGUGUCUGAUGUGCUGUCCUUGACUAAGGCACCUGAAGCUUGUCAGCUGGCCAGUUGGUCAGCAAACACAACAAUGGCACAUGUGUAUGUGUUGGCUGCUGGUGAACACCAUCAUAGGGGCUAGUUCAAUCAGGAGCUAGUCUCAUCAUUUCCAACCCAUCAUCACUAGUUUACAUUUAAAAAAACACUGCUUUGCUUGUCAAUAUGAAAACCCACCAGCAGAAGAGAAAUGGGGCCACUCUCCUUCUCCAGUCUCUGGCACUCUGUUCAUUGUUCAAUUUUUCCAUUUUCAUGUUAUAUAGGUUCAGUUUACACUUUGUUCUGUUCGUUGUUGCUGACAUUUCUUGUAGCCUGGAAACUUUGUUUCAAAUGCAUUGUGUAUGUGACAUGCAAAAAAAAAAAAAAAAGUUCAAUACAUUAUGCUUCGAUUGCUUUCAGAUUAAUUCGACCAUGUUCAUUUAGUUGAAAGGCUGGUGUUGCAGGCUUAUGUGUAGCAUGUUGUAAGUGGGUUUAGGAUUGAACCUACUGCACAGUGACCCAGCUCUUGGUUCGAAACACUGCUCGCGACUGGAGUGGCUUCGUCACCAUCAAAGAUGGACAGGGGCCCUUUAGUGUGUCGGAUGUGCAUUGGGUGUGGUCCUUGCCUCAGACACCAAAGACCAUUGCUAUGUACAUAAAGAAGACCUCAUAGAAUAUUUUUAUAAAAGGAAAAAAGGAGCAGAUUUUGCUCUGUUUUGUGCUGGCGUCGGACAACAGUGUUACGCAUAACAAGCUAGAGAAUGUUAGCAUUGUCGCAUCAUUCUGAAGAUGUCAUAAAAUUAAAAAAUAUUCCUCAGAUUA